UGAAGCAGCAUCUAUCCGUUGACAGGAUCGGCUGGUCAUUAUCAUCGAUCAACAGUCAAGAUGAGCCCGACGGAGGAGGACAAGAAGAAGCAGGCCGAUGCGGGCUCGGAUGGCGAGGAGGAAACGCCGCAGGAGCAGGUGAAGAGCAAGAAGGACGAGAGCAGCGCUAUGGAGAAGCUCACGGACCUCGUGGAGGAGAAGCAGAUGGACGAGAACAAGAUGAAGGCUGCGUUCCAGGCGCUGCGUAAGCAGGAAGAAGCAGACAAGGAGGCUGAACGCCUACUUGAAAAGAAACUUGCAGCCGUUAAAGUAAACAAGGACGAUGUGGCACUGGUGGCGCAGGAGAUGGAGAUCUCCACGCAGCAGGCGGACCGCAAGCUGCGCGAGGCCGAUGGAGACGUCGUCAAGUGCCUCAGCACGCUUGUCUCCGCCUAAGUCCGCGGGCUACUGGCGUUACCUGCUAUAUGCUGGUUCAAUAGACAGUGACGCUUUGUUUAUUAUGUUUACUGGGGAUAUGCGAGGUUGUCUACGAUUUAUUGCUUGCUUACUCAAUGUUUCUACCUGUUUUCCUGUUGAGGACUAGCCAAACCGGAUACAUUUCUCCGCGCUUGGGACUUCUGAAUGGUACUCAUCAUGCGUUCUAGCUGCAUGUGCUUCAUAUCGACGUGACCGGGGCGCAGAACUUGCAACGAGUCUCGGAAGUGGUGACAGGCGGCGAUAAGUCUGGAACCUUUUCGAUUAGUGUGGGGGUCUAACGUGUCCACUAUGUUCUGGAAGUGCAGACUCUUCUUGAAACGUGGGAAGCUGUCUUUCACCAUAAGCCGCAUGAUCUCGUCACAAGCCUCAUCGAAGAACGUGGUCUCCACGAUACCUGUCGGAGAUAACUUGUCCAUCUUCUCGAGGAUACCGUCGCGUAUAAUUGCAGGCAGAUUCACUUCUUUCGGUGCAUCUGACUGGAUAUACCACUCCCGAAUGUGGUUCGAUGCUACACGUCGCUCGCUUUCGUCUCCUAUCACGCGGAACUUCUCAAUCUCCAGGAAGAAGAGAUAGUUCUCAUCACUAUGUUCGGAUUCGAGAAAAGUCUGGAAUCUCUGCGUCAAGACACCGUGACGUAACACGCUGGCAAAGUCACAUCGCUCUCCAAACCACGCGAUGUUUGCUGCGGCACCAGCAGCGGGGUAUUCUUCAAACAGCUCCAAGACUUUACUGAAGGAGCAAGUCAGCAGAACUGCAGAGGACCGAGCGAAUGCCUUCCCUUUAGUCACAUUCAUGCGCUCAAAGGUGAAUUGACCCAAGUAGCAUCCAGGAGUGAGGAAUACGGUGCUGUCGUGUCCGAAUUUACUGGUUUUCCGGUGAUUGGACGUGAUCUCCACCGCUCCAUACACUAUAAACACAAAUUUCGACUCCUCUGUGUCAUUCUCAUCCUGUUGACGCAGUACAGUGUCACCUUUGUGGAUUUGGUCUUCAAUGUCAAGUUCGUGACUGAAGCGAAUCAUUCUCUCGUUGGGUAUUGAGUCGAAGAAGGGCAGAACUCCACUCAAGAUGGCCUUCAAUAGAAGUCUCUCUUUCAGAAGUUUAUUCACGCCCAGUCGUACAUCAGGACACUGAUCCAAUAAACUAUGGAAGGCCUUCUUUUCGAUGCUCAUCAGCAUGCAGCUUUCGAGUGCCUUGACGGUCGCAGCACGCGGAAUAUUGAUCAAUAACGACAUUUCGCCAAAGAACGAGCCUGCUUCUAACGUCGCUAAUGGUCCAGUAGCGCGUGAGCUGGUCACCUCGACGGAACCAGUUAAUGUGACGAACAUUUGCGUACUUAUCCCUUCGUCUUCGCGGAAGAUGAUGCUGUUGCUGGGAUAUACGCGAAUAGUCGACAUUUCAGUGAGCACAGCGAGUUUGUCUAUCGGAAGAUUCGCAAAGAAUGGGAUGGUACCGAGCAGACCGAUAAAAUCUGCGUUGGUAAGAGCGUUUAAUGAAGAAUCCUUCUUAUUGUCGGGUAACAAUUGAGGAGGUAGCAGCAGAUAUCGCGAUUGGUUCUGCAACUCCACUCGAGCACACAUUGUAGACUGCAAAACAACCUCUUCACCACCUCCGUCUGUCACAUACCGACAAAUAACUUCCUUUUCGGAUUUCCAGAAGAGGAAAACUUCUGAUGUUAGCAGGACUUCGCUGUCCUGUAAGUGAGCGCCAACCUCGUACGCGUGACCAGGUGAAUGAGGAACCACAACAUGGGUACGUCCUAGAGGCAUAAAUGCACGAAUGCUUAAGGUGUUUUUCCCGUUCGCGUC